AGGAGCGGCGGCGCUGGGCGGCUUUCGCUGCUGCUGCAGAGGAGACACUUCGCUUUCCCCACCCACCCCCUUCAGGAUCCAGUGUCUUGUGGCGGGCUGACCUACUGACUCCUUCUCAACCCCGCCCGAACCCGCAUGGCGUGCUACCUGGUCAUCAGCUCAAGGCAUCUCAGCAACGGGCACUACCGUGGCAUUAAAGGGAUCUUCAGGGGACCGCUCUGCAAGAACGGCUCUGCCGCCCCGGAUUUUGCUGAAAAGAAGGCAGCAGCGAAGGCUCUAGAGGAUGUGAAGGCUAACUUCUACUGUGAAUUAUGUGACAAGCAGUACCAUAAACACCACGAAUUUGACAACCACAUCAAUUCCUAUGAUCAUGCUCACAAGCAGAGGCUGAAAGAACUAAAACAAAGGGAAUUUGCACGGAAUGUGGCUUCAAAAUCCUGGAAAGAUGAGAAGAAACAGGAAAAGGCACUCAAGCGACUCCAUCAGCUGGCUGAGCUGCGGAAGCAGUCAGAAUGUGUUGCUGGAUGCGGACCUGUGUUUAAAACUCCCCAAGUGGUUGCAGAAAAACAGCAGCGGCCACCAGAUAAACUUCUCUUAGCUCAAGAAGGCAAAGUCAGGAAUACAGCUGAAGGACAAAGUCUCACCAGCAGCACUUCAGAGAAGCAGCAGGAGCCCUUGCUAAGCAAGAACCAGUCUUGCAUAGAGACACACCCUUUGCUUAGAAAUCAUAUAUCUUCAGCAUUCUCCUGUAGCGCCAAUGCCUGUAAUCGGGCCGGGGUGUCUUUUUCAUUCUCUAAAAAAGUCCAUUUAAAACUCGAGUCGUCGGCAUCUGUUUUCAGUGAGAACAUGGAAGAAGCAUAUGAUUGCAUCAGAUCACCAAGGCAUAAAGCAAAACAGGGUCCUGAAGAGUGCCAUGCCUGUGUACAUGUGAGGGACGAGAGGAAAACAAAUGUGCAAAAACAGUUAAACAUCCUUCAAGGUGGCCCAGACAGCUUUGCAUCGUGCAAUCUGGCUGGAAAAAAUAAAAUGCAGAAAGAAAAUGAUCAGAACAACAGAGGGCAAGUGGAAAGUCAUCUUUCAUUUCGUAAAGACAAGCUACAUCUUCCAGAUUUGGAAUGUUCUGGGUCUCCUAGUGUAAAAGGAGGAGAGUUCAACGAGACUCAGAAAUCCUUAGAAACUAUUGUUACACCUCAAUGCCAAACUAGUAACAUUUGUAUGCAGCAAAACACUUCCAAGCACAGCAAUGUCCUGUUACCAGAAUGUGUCUCCGAGUUCUCAUCCCAACGAUCUGCUGAGCGAGGACAUCCAUGCGAGGGAAACUACAAUCCCUGUGUAUUCAAACAGCCUUCUGAUUGUACAGAAAUAGUCCAUGCAAACACUGAAAUGCCUGGGGAUGAUGCACUGGUUCGUGAAAUUGAGCCUAAAACGUUGCCUUUUCUUCAUGUACUGAGUAAAGAUGGCAGCACAGCCUUACGGUGGCCCACAGAACUUCUUUUGUUUACAAAAACAGAGCCCUCUAUUUCCUAUGGUUGCAAUCCAUUAUAUUUUGAUUUUAGACUCUCCUUGUCCCACAGAGACAGUGGGCAUCAUGAAGUCAACAUGGAAAGUCCUAAAGAGCACUCAACAAAAACUAUGGACAUAGAUGGAAAUGACACCUCAGGUUUUACAGAGAACGAGCAACUGUCCAAUGAAAAAGAUAAUCGGUCUUCAAAGCCAAAGAAGAAGAAAAGAGCUCUAAGCCUCAAAACGUCCUGGCCAAAAUUGGAUUCAGACACAGAGAAUGAAAUUAAUCAAAGUGCUCAAAAGUACAUUUCAGAUGAUUUAAAUGAAAACCUACCUAAAGUGCCUGCUCCUCUUGAUUGCUCACAAAGGCAUUACACAAGAGCAACAAGUCCCUGUACAAUGCAUGUGAGAUCUUUAGCACAGCACUUGCAGAAAUGUGAAAAAACACUACAGGAUGAAGUAACUGAAAACGUCUGCAUUUAUCCCUUGGUGUCUAGGACAAAGAAGCAAAAAUGUACAAAAUGUGAUUUAAUGCAUUUCCAAAGACAAACCAAUCUCGAUUUGGUCACCUGCAGCAGUGACAUAAGUGACAGUGGGAAAGAUUUCAAUCUCAGAUACAAGUUAGAUUCACCCAGGGAGUGCUUGGGAAAUGAAGGUAAUGAGGAUUUUGCUGGUUGCUGGAAAUUCACUUCUUUGCAAAAGCCCUUUUCAGGCAGACAGUCUAAUUAUUCUGACACUUCUGUUAGCAGUGCAACUAGUUACGCUAGUUGCUACUCUAGUCACAGAUCAAGUGAUCACAGCAGAAGUCAUUUGCCUUUUUGCUGCAAAAGGAAACAAAAGCCGGUUGAAAGGCAGAAAUGUAAACACAAAAAGCACAAUUGUGUUUCAUCUUCUGAUGAUGCAGAUGGGGGCUGCCUUUUCAACAAAACAAGUCAAAGAUCUAGAAACUGUACAUACAGGCAUGUGGUAAAAUAUCAAAGACAUUCAAGAUAUAGACAUUUACUACAAAGAGGCAUAUCAAAGCAAAGCAGGGAUAGGCACCCUCUUUGUAAACACAGCAGGAGCAGGAGCUACAGCAGCUCCAGAGGUUCUUCCAUCCAAGAUUCAGGAAGCAGCGUAAGAUCAUCAAGCUGUACCAGAUCAAGAGCCAGCAGUUCAGGAUCCCUUGCAAAAGAAUCAAGGCACGACUGGAACAAACACAGUAAGGAUAUGAAACGCACUGACAGAGCUGAACCAGGAAAAUCAGGCCCUGCACACUCAGACUGCCAGAAUGUAAGUUGUCCAUCAAAACAAGUUGGAAGUUGCUCUGUCAACCGCUUAGGAAGAGAAGCAGUGGGAAAGAAGUCAUUAACCGCCAAGCUCCUUUUAGAGAAGGUGAAAUCAAAGCAAAACCAGGAGCAAACUCAGAACACUGAAAGCUUUCCAAAGGUCUGUGGGAUAGAUCUUCCCCAUAGUCAACCUGGUAUUAACUGUACAUCUUCAGUGGACAGUGACUCAAUGUUACCUUUGCUUAAGAAAGCCCUCAACAUUGAUACACCCAGCAGGUGGAACAAUGGAACUGGCACGGUAGAGAGCAGUGCAGGCACAGGUCAAGCCGAAGCUUCAGCGAUAGAUAAUGUUACUCUGACAUCUAGCACUAACUAUGGCAAUAGUCUCCUUAGCGACUUAGGUUAUCAGGCCCUGAAUAUUGCAAAGGAUGCAGCAACAAAGGAGCAAUCAAAUCACUCAACUGGUGAAAUGCAACCCCUUCUACAAAGCUGUGACUCAGUGCCAAAUGAUUUUCCUGGUGCUUUUCCUUCUCAUGGAUAUUCUGCUGUUCCCAGUGUAACAGAGACCAAAGAAGAACACAAUGCAAGUGUGAACGUGAAUCGAGUGGAAGGAAACCUAAACUGUUACUCUGACAGUGCUAUGCAUAAAUCUGGUGAAACAGAAAACAAGACUGAACUGUACAGUAAGCGCAUCUCCUCUCCUUUAACGCAGCAGCCUAUAACAUUUUCCCCUGAUGAGAUAGACAAAUAUAGGUUUCUUCAGCUGCAGGCCCAGCAGCAUAUGCAGAAGCAACUUGUGGCAAAGCAUCUCAAGGUUUUGCCUGCCACAGGAUCCGCUUCCUCAGCUCUUCAGACUGUCCCUGUUCAGCAGCACUCUUCUGUCGCCACCCUCCACCAUACGCUUUUGCAGAGCUUUGCUCUGUCCGCUGGAGUACAUCCUCACAGCAGCCAUCUCUCCCUAACGCAUAUACAUCCAUUCUCACAAUCUCAUUUUGCUCCAUUAUCAUUGUCACCCUUUACGCCAGCCUUCAUGCCUACUCACUCAGCAUUCCUGACAGGACACCCAUUCCAUUUGGUAUCAGCAACUCCCAUUCAUCCUUCCCAUCUGGCAAUCCCACCGCUGCCCCAUGCUGCAUUUAUUCCCACCCUAUUCACUCCACAACUGAAUGCAGCUGCAUCUUCUGCAAUACAUCUCAAUCCUUUCAUUCAUCCAUUAUUCCAGAGUCAAGAACUUCAGCAUCGUUCUUGACCUUGUCAGAGGUGUCAGUUAUCUGGAAUGGAAACAAAAAGAGGCCAUUUUUCUUGUAAAUUGUUUCAAAUAGAAAAGUCAUUGUCCUAUGAUGCAAAGGCAAUUUAGAAUGGAUAUGCCUAUUCAGUAGCCUAAUUUCAUAUCUUAUGAGAAAUUAUGGCUUAUAUACCAAGAGUACAUCAA